CCCGAAGCACAGCUAAGAACUUCACGAUGGGCCAGGUGACCUCCAGGUUGCGUCGCCCAGCCGGUGUCCCGCGGGUGCACUUCUCCACAGACGAGGGGCCGCCGCGUUACUCCUCCCACCACUUCGACGGGAGGAGCCCCAGACACGGAGACCCGCCCACCAUCACCGUGUCUGAGAUCGACGCGAGUAGUCUGUCUGAGAGGAGAGGCUCGAGGAUGGAGUUGAGGAGAGCUUCGUUCUACAGCACCAUGGACCUGGCUCCUCAGCUGGAGCACUACGCCAGCUCCCUGCCCCGACAGCAGACACGCAGCCGGCCCAGUCUGGAGGCCCUGCGCAAGGCCUAUGAGGAUGGAGAGCUGGGCAUAGAGGCUGCAGGGGCCCAGGCGGACGUGGACAGUUUACCCCCUCCUCCAGACGAAGAGGCAGCUGACGGCAGCAAAGAGAACGCCCCAGUGAGAUUUGGGUGGAUCAUUGGAGUCAUGGUCCGGUGCAUGCUGAACAUUUGGGGAGUGAUCCUGUUUCUCCGCUUGUCUUGGAUCACCUCUCAGGCAGGAAUCGUGUUGGUGUGGGUGAUCAUCCUGAUGUCUUCUGCUGUAACCACGGUAACGGCGCUGUCUGUCUCUGCUAUCGCCACCAACGGGCGGGUCAUCUCCGGCGGGGCGUACUUCAUGAUCUCGCGCUCCUUGGGCCCUGAGAUCGGAGGACCCAUCGGGAUGGUCUUCUCCUUUGCCAACGCUUUGGCCUGUGCCCUCAACACUGUGGGGUUUGCAGAGGUAGUCCGAGAUCUGCUCAAGGACUUUGACGCACAGAUGGUGGACGAUGUGAAUGACGUGCGCAUCAUUGGAGUCAUCACAGUGACGGUUCUUCUGCUCAUCUCUCUGGCAGGAAUGGAGUGGGAGUCUAAGGCCCAGAUUUUGUUCUUCAUUGUUUUGUUAGUGUCUUUUGCAAACUACUUCGUGGGCACAUUCAUCCCUGCGCCCAAAGAGAAACAAGCUGUGGGAAUCUUCAGUUAUCAAGCGGACAUCUUUGUGACAAACCUAAUGCCAGAUUGGAGAGGACCAGACGGCAACUUCUUCCAAAUGUUUGCCAUUUUUUUCCCAUCAGCCACUGGGAUUCUGUCUGGAGUCAACAUCUGUGGAGAUCUUAAGGAUCCUAUGUCUGCUAUUCCCAAAGGCACUCUGAUGGCCAUCUUCUGGACUACGUUGAGCUAUCUGGCCAUUGCACUGACUUCAGCUGCCACCACAGUGCGCGAUGCCUCUGGGAACUUGACUGAUUUCAUGACUGGAAACAGCACAGAGGGGUGUGUGGGUCUGGCCUGUAAAUACGGCUGGAACUUCACUGAGUGCAUAGUGUCCCAGACCUGUGAAUACGGACUGGCCAACAGCGUCAAGUUACUGGGGCAGCUUUCCGGAUUCUAUUACCUGAUCACCGCUGGAGUCUUUGCCGCCAGUCUCUCCUCUGCUCUCGGCUUUCUGGUCUCUGCUCCCAAAGUGUUUCAGUGUCUCUGCAAGGACAACAUUUACCCGUACAUUGGAUUUUUUGCUAAAGGAUACGGCAAAAACAACGAGCCCCUUAGAGCCUAUUUACUCUGUUUCAUCAUUUCUAUUGCAUUCAUUUUAAUCGCUGAGCUCAACAUCAUCGCUGCUCUGAUCUCAAACUUCUUCCUCUGCUCCUACGGCCUCAUCAACUUCAGUUGUUUCCACGCGUCAAUCACAAACUCCCCAGGUUGGCGGCCGGCGUUUCAUUACUACAGUAAAUGGACUGCGUUGUUUGGAGCAGUGAUCUCCAUCGUGCUCAUGUUUCUGUUCACCUGGUGGGCUGCCCUCGUCACAUUUGGGAUCAUCUUUUUCCUCUUUGGUUACGUCAACUACACCAAGCCCAAGGUAAACUGGGGCUCGUCAGUUCAGGCCGGUACAUACAACAUGGCUCUCUCGUACUCGGUCUCUUUAUCUGGUGUAGAAGACCACGUCAAGAACUUCAGGCCUCAGUGCAUGGUGCUAACUGGACCUCCAAACCAGAGACCUGCUCUUGUGGACUUUGUUGGUUCAUUUACAAAGCACGUCAGCCUUAUGAUCUGUGGAGAUAUCAUUAUGGAGCAGGACAGAAAGCAUCGCGCCCCUAAUGCCACAGACUGGUUGGUUAAGUGGAUGAACCAGAGGAAAGUGCGCUCGUUUUACACACCUUUCAGCAGUGACAGUCUCAGAGCGGGGGCUAGAUACUUGUUGCAGGCGUCUGGACUUGGAAAGCUAAAGCCGAACACUCUAGUACUCGGAUUCAAAGCCAACUGGAGGGAAAGUUCUCCAGAAAGUAUUGAAGAUUAUAUCACCACAAUUUAUGAUACUUUUGACUCCAAUUAUUGUCUGUGCAUCUUAAGAAUGAUGGAUGGGCAGGAUGUCUUGGACCAGUUUGACUCUGAAGUGAAUUCGGGCUUUGAACCUGAUGAACCCACUGAAAACGACGACCAACAAUCUCCAGAAAGAGAUUCAGCGGACGACGUCUCUGAUAAAGGCAGCAGAGAUCAGGUCAAAACCGUGUUCCAGAACGACCAGGGGAAGAAGACCAUAGACGUGUACUGGAUCGCUGACGAUGGAGGUCUGACUCUCCUGGUGCCGUAUCUGCUGACGAGGAGGAAGAGAUGGCGUCGCAGUAAAGUCAGAGUCUUCAUCGUGGGAGACGAACAGAACAUGGAGGACGGACGUAAUGAGAUGUUGGCUCUGUUGAAGCGGUUUCGUCUGGAUUUCAAUGAUGUUAUAGUCAUGACGGACAGCGAGAAGCGCCCGCAAACAAAAAAUCUGAACAGGUUUGUGGAGUCCGUCGCCCCCUUCAGGUUGUAUGAUGAACAGCAGGAUGGUGUGUCUCUGCAGGGCCUGAGGCAAGACUACCCAUGGAAAAUAUCAGACAAGGAGUUUGAGGCUUUCAAACUUAAGUCUGAAAGAAAAGUUCGAUUGAAUGAAAUCAUCAGGAAGAAUUCUCAGCACGCCUCCCUUGUUCUUGUGAGCCUGCCCGUCCCUCAGAUCGACUGUCCUAGUGCUCUGUACAUGGCCUGGCUCGACACUCUGACCUGUGGCCUGCACUGCCCCGCCGUGCUCAUCAGAGGAAACCAGCAGAAUGUGCUCACCUUCUACUGCCAGUGAUCCAGACUCAAGUGAUCCAGACCCCAGUGAUGCAGAUAAAGUAAACCAGACCCCAGUAAUCGAAAAUCAAGUGACCCAGACUCCAGUGAACCAGGCUCAAGUGAUCCAGACCCCAGUGAACCAGACUCCACUGAUCCAAAUAAAGUCAACCAGACCCCAGUGAUCAAAACUCAAGUGAUUGAGACUCCUGUGAUCCAGACUCAAGUGAACCCGGCUCAAGUGAUCCAGGCUCAAGUGAUACAGAUCCCAGCGACCCAGAAUCAAGUGAUCCAGACCCCAGUGAACCUGGCUUAAGUGAACCAAACCCCAGUGAACUAGGCUCAAGUGAUCCAGAUACAGUGAACCAGACUCCAGUAAACCAGUCUCAAAUGACUCAGAAUCCAGUGAACCAGACUAUAGUAAAACAGAUUCUGGUGAUCUAGACUCCAUCGAUCCAGAUACAGUGAACCAACCUCAAGUGAUCCUGACUCCAGAGAACCUGCCCCAAGAAAUCCAGACUCAAGUAAAUCAGACUAUAGUGAUCCAAACAAUAGAGAAUCAGCCUCAAGUGAUCCAGAAUCAAGUGAUCCAAGCUCAUGUGAUCCAGACUCAAGUGAACCAGACUAUAAUGAUACAGUGAACCAGGCUCCAGUGAACCCAGCUUAAAUGAACUUGACAUAAGCCUAAAUCUCGAGUCUAGCUGGAACCGCUGUAUGAGGAGCUCCACUACAUAGAGUCCAGAGUCAAAAAGUAAAAUAUAUUUUUUUAAUCUGGAAAAAAUUACUAUUGUACUGCUGUAAUGCUAAAUGGUUAGGUUUAGUUUGGGUUAGAUGUUGAUUAUCGAACCACACUCAUGUGAACUCGAUUUAUGUAAUCUAACUAAAUCUAAUUGUGAAUGUCCUGAUACGUAUCACAUUGCAUUAAGAUUAGUAUUAUGAUAUUUAAAGAAAAAGAAAACCUAUUAAGAGAGGUGAAAGACUGCACUAUGAACUGCUGAUUGUGGGAUCUUUAUUUAUUUUUAUUAUUUGUGUUUGGUCUUGUUUUGUGUUGAGUAAUAUUUGUUUUUGCACUUUAUUAGGUUGUUAUAUAUCUCUGUGUCACAUAUGAGACAGAUACAGAAAUAGGAAAUUAUGAGAUACAGAAAUAGGAAAUUCUACAAUGUACAGAAUUUAAAAAGUUCAAAGGAUUAAUUGUUGAAAAUGUUUUGUGUAUAACACUAGAGAACUUGUUAAUACCUGUCAUGACAUGUACUGUAAAUAUUGUAUACAAAUAAAACUGAAUUAUUG